AUUCAUUUAACAGAAGGAUUUAGAAGUGUGAACUUGGGUCAUUCAUCUCAGAAGCUACUUGUUUGGUUGAGAAAACUCAGAUUCAACCAUGGCCAAGGAGAAGAUUCAUGUCAAUGUGGUGGUUAUCGGUCAUGUCGACAGCGGCAAGUCGACCACCACCGGACACCUCGUCUACAAGUGUGGUGGCAUUGACCAGAGGAGGCUGGAGAAGUUUGAGAAAGCUUCAGCACAGAUGGGGAAGAGUUCCUUCAAGUUUGCCUGGGUGUUGGACAAGCUGAAAGCUGAGCGGGAGCGAGGAAUCACCAUCGAUAUCUCGCUGCUGAAAUUCAACACUCAGAAAUACUCCAUGACUAUAAUUGAUGCUCCUGGCCACCGGGACUUCAUUAAAAACAUGAUAACAGGGACCUCACAGGCUGAUGUGGCCGUGCUGGUGGUGUCUGCAGCUAAAGGAGAGUUUGAGGCCGGUGUGUCCAGAAGCGGUCAGACCAGAGAGCACGCCCUGCUGGCGUACACUCUGGGUGUGAAGCAGAUGAUAGUGUGCGUGAACAAGAUGGACCUGACUGAACCGCCUUACAGCCAGAAACGCUUUGACGAAGUGGUGCGAGGCGUGAGCGGCUUCCUCAAGAAGAUCGGCUACGACCUCAACACCGUGCCCUUUGUUCCAAUCUCUGGCUGGACCGGGGAGAACAUGAUCACUGCAACUCAGAAGAUGCCCUGGUUCCAAGGCUGGAAAUCCAGACGAAGGGAAGGGAACGCAAGUGGGCGAACUCUACUAGAAGUCCUGGACUCCAUUCACCCACCACUACGCACCAUCAACAAGCCCCUUCGAUUACCUCUGCAGGAUGUCUACAAAAUUGGAGGAGUCGGGACCGUGCCAGUGGGUAAGAUUGAAACUGGCGUCCUCAAACCUGGCAUGACCCUGAUGUUCUCCCCCGCCAAGAUCACUGCUGAGGUCAAGUCCAUUGAGAUGCACCACCAGGGGCUGCAGGCGGCUCUGCCGGGACACAAUGUUGGCUUCAACAUUAAGAACGUGGCGGUCAAGAACCUGCGGCGUGGGGACGUGGCCGGCAACGCCCAGCAGGAUCCUCCAUCGGAUGUCAGCAGCUUUGAAGCUCAGGUGAUCAUCCUGAACCACCCAGGGAAGGUCAAAGUGGGCUACUCUCCAGUCCUAGACUGCCACACCGCCCACGUGACCUGUCGCUUUGCUGAGCUGAAGGAGAAGCUAGACCGACGCACGGGCAACAAACUGGAGGACCAGCCGCAGACGUUGAUGUCUGGAGACGCUGCUACGGUCAAACUGGUUCCCAUCAAGCCCAUGUGUGUGGAGAGCUUCUUCACAUACCCUCCCUUAGGUCGCUUUGCAGCCAGAGACCUGAAGCAGACGGUCGCUGUAGGCGUCAUCAAGUCGGUGAAGAAGGACCAAGGGUCAAAAAUUCCCCCAAAAGCCCAAGUGUGCAAAUAAGUUUGCUUUUGUUUACCAGUAAAUUCUGGUAUGGCUGCUUUGUGAACAGUUUUUUAUUUGGUAAAAUGCUAUUUUUGUGUUGUAACACAAAGUAUUUAUGUUUAAGUGAUUAUUUCUUUGUUAAUGUUAAAUCCAAAAGAAGCUGUAGCAUUGGAUGGAAACUUUUGGUUGAAAUGUGAAUUGUUGAGAUAACAAAAUAAACUUUUAUUUUUAUUUGAA